AGCCGCCACCGUGUUAUGGGCGUGCGCAACUGCCUCGACGGCAAUAAUAUGUCAGGACAACGCAAUAACCCCCCUGAACUCGGGGAACAGCCCGAGCAACCACCUUUGGAGGCCCCAGGGGCAGCUGCCCCCGGUGCUGGGCCUGGCCCAGCCGAAGAGAUGGAGACCCCACCGCCUCACAGCGAGCCCAUCCCCAUCGAGACUGAAGGCGAAGCCUGUGGACCCCCAGAGGUCUCCAGACCCAACUUCCAGGACCUCGGCCAGGCCAUCAAGGAAGCUGGAGCCCAUGGAGGGUACAGCCCACCUCCCGAGGAAGCCAUGCCCUUCGAGGUCGAGCAGGCCAGCUUGGGAAGCUUCUGGCCUACCCUGGAGCAUCCUGGAGACACCACUGGGACCGGUGCAGGCCUUGAGGCCUUCAGCCCACCGGUCAUGGAGCCCGGAGCCUCCCCUGAGGCCGUUCCAAGCCUGGGAAGCUACAGCCCUCCACCAGAAGAAGCUAUGCCUUUUGAGUUUGAGCAGCCAGACCAGGGAGAGAACCAACCUCCCUUGCAGGUCUCAGACCUUGCUCCAGGAGGCCCAGGUUCGGUGGUCUUCAGGGCUCCUCCCGAGGAGCCCCGAGCCAUCAGAGCUGAAAACGCAGGCAUCAGAGGAGGAUGCAGCCCUCCCCUCGAGGAGGAUCUGCCAUUCGAGUUUGAUGGAGCAGCCUUGGGGGACGACAGCCCACCUCCUGGGCUCCCCCGAGCUAUCCCACAGAUCGACGGCGGUGGGGGCAACCAGAUCACGACAGUCGCGGUCUCGAGUGCGAUCCUCCUCACUCCCGCCGCGAACGAGCCCCCCCUCUGGGUCCCCGGCAUCAUCGGCAGCCCAUCUCGAGAGGCUGUCAGACCUCUUCCACACUUCGCGGGAGACAGCCCCCCGAUGGAGGUCUCCAGACCCCCGCGCGAGGUUGGCAGCGCCCCCGUUGGGGUCGAUGACGCUCCCGGCGACAUGGACAGCCCCCCAGUCGCGCUUGAUGAUCUGCGCAUCGAGGUCUCCGGAGCUCCCGUUGAGAGAGAGCAAGCAGAGGGAGAGAGACCCCCAGCCGAGGGAGAAGCAGCCGAGAUGGAGGGAGGCUCAGCCACCACAGCCGCGGAGGGAGGCAAGGUCCCCGAUCCCGGGGACGGAGCCCCUGCCGCCGCCGCCGAGGCAGCACUGGCCGCUCCAGCCGCCGAGGCAGCCUCGGCUGCUCCAGAACCCCCUGCCGCCGGAGCAGCCCCAGCCGCUCCUGCCGCCCCAGCCGCUCCUGCCACCCCAGCCGCUCCUGCCGCCCCAGCCGCUCCUGCCGCUGGGGCAGCCCCGGCCGCUCUUGUCACCAGGGGAGCCCCUGUUGGCCGGGCGGCUCCUGUCCCCCGGGCAGCCACUGUCCCCCGGGCAGCCACUGUCCCCCGGGCAGCCUCCGUCUCCCGGGCCACUCCUAUUACCUGGGCAAAGCCCACCUCGGGAGCCCGACCCGAGAUCAGUUUCCUUAGACCCCCCAGCCCGGAGAUCCAGGCUGCCGAUCCGCCUGUUCCGCAGCCUCCGCGCGCAUUUGCCUGGCGGGGCAGGUCAGAGCCCAGCUGCUGCUACCUCUACGACGAUCAGAUAUCCGUCAGCAGCGACAGCGAAGACGAAUCCGACGAUGGGACCUUCGGAUGCCGCCGCUGGUUUUCGUCCAAGCAAAACCGCCGCCGCCGAAAGCCCCGGAGCAACUUGCUCCCCAACUUCCUCGUCCGGGCCUUCCGAGGCUGCGUCUUCGGAUCCGAGAGCCCCCAGUUCAGAGGCGCCUUCAGCCCCAAGGUCAAGAAGGUUGCCUUGGCGGAGAAGCGCAGACAGGACCGCAAGGAAAACGCGGGGAAGCGUGGCCAGAAGUGGUCCGAGAAGAGACACAGCCAGUUCACCAACAAGCAACUCCAGAACAAGAUGGACAACUCGCGUACGCACCGCAUGCUGUUUCUAGCUGGACAAACCAGUGCCAGCGAUCGUAAGACCACGUCGCCGAGUCGUGGGGUGGGGGACGGCAAGAAAGGCGGGGGCUUCAGGUUUUAUAAACAAGAGUCAACCCAAGCAGUAGACCGACACAUUUAUGAUGGUGUGGAGUCACUGUUAGGUGCUGGAGAAUCUGGUAAAAGCACCAUUGUGAAGCAAAUGAGGAUCCUGCAUGUUAAUGGGUUUAAUGGAGAGGGCGGCGAAGAGGACCCGCAGGCUGCAAGGAGCAACAGCGAUGGUAGUGAGAAGGCCACCAAAGUGCAGGACAUCAAAAACAACCUGAAAGAGGCCAUUGAAACCAUCGUGGCCGCCAUGAGCAACCUGGUGCCCCCUGUGGAGCUGGCCAACCCAGAGAACCAGUUCAGAGUGGAUUACAUUCUGAGCGUGAUGAACGUGCCGGACUUUGAUUUCCCUCCCGAAUUCUACGAGCAUGCCAAGGCUCUCUGGGAGGAUGAAGGGGUGCGUGCCUGCUAUGAGCGCUCCAACGAGUACCAGCUGAUUGACUGCGCCCAGUACUUCCUGGACAAGAUUGAUGUCAUCAAGCAGGAUGACUACGUGCCCAGCGACCAGGAUCUGCUCCGCUGCCGUGUCCUGACUUCUGGAAUCUUUGAGACCAAGUUCCAGGUGGACAAAGUCAACUUCCACAUGUUUGACGUGGGCGGCCAGCGCGAUGAACGCCGCAAAUGGAUCCAAUGCUUCAAUGAUGUGACUGCCAUCAUCUUCGUGGUUGCCAGCAGCAGCUACAACAUGGUCAUUCGGGAGGACAACCAGACCAACCGCCUGCAGGAGGCUCUGAACCUCUUCAAGAGCAUCUGGAACAACAGAUGGCUGCGCACCAUCUCUGUGAUUCUGUUCCUCAACAAGCAAGAUCUGCUGGCUGAGAAAGUCCUUGCUGGAAAAUCGAAGAUUGAGGACUACUUUCCAGAAUUUGCUCGCUACACUACUCCUGAGGAUGCGACUCCCGAGCCCGGAGAGGACCCACGCGUGACCCGGGCCAAGUACUUCAUUCGAGAUGAAUUUCUGAGAAUCAGCACUGCUAGUGGAGACGGGCGCCACUACUGCUACCCUCACUUCACCUGCGCUGUGGACACCGAGAACAUCCGCCGCGUGUUCAACGACUGCCGCGACAUCAUCCAGCGCAUGCACCUCCGUCAGUAUGAGCUGCUCUAAGAAGGGAACCUCCAGAUUUAAUUAAGGCCUUAAGCGCAAUUAAUUAAAAGUAAGAUAUAAUUGUACACGCAGUUGAUCACCCACCAUAGGGCAUGAUUAACAAAGCAACCUUUCCUUUCCCUCAAGUGAUUUUGCGAAACCCCCUUCACCUUACAGCUUGCUUAAAUAUUCCAAAUUUAGAAAGCUUAAGGCGGCCUAUAGAUUAAGAUUAAGAAAAAAAGGCCACAAAUGUUCCCUUCUCUCUUUAAGUAACUAAAAUAAUAGCAGCAAACAGAAAUAAAUGAAGUAAAUGAAGCAAAUGAAAUAAAUAUCGUGUUGUGCAGCAUUAAAAAAAUCAAAAUAAAAAUUAAAUGUGAGCAAA